UUCUUUAUCUCUACAAUCCCGGAUAAAGACACCGGCCACAGGCUGACCUUGCCGGGGACGGUCGUGUGAUUGUUUGCUUGCUUGCCUGCUGGGCUGUCAUCCUGGCCGCCAAAAAAGGUUAAAAUUGCAACGAGGCCGGCGACUGGCGAGAGUCGAAAAAGCAACGGACCUGGCCGUGUUCGGGUCACAUUUUUGGUACUUCGCGAGUUACUUUGACACUUGCACGGAGGACAUACUAAUCCGGUCGACUUCACCCGAUUCGACUGGCUGGUUAUCUUUCUCUUCACUCCUUCUGCUUUGUUCUUUUGUUCCUCUGAUUUUCCCUUGCCACGUUCUCCUCCCCCCCGGCUUCGAGGAGGAGGAAGCCAUUUGAGACGCCCUUCCCCUCCCUUCAUCCCCAGCUAUAACUAUCUACUACCCACUGCCACGACCACGAUAUACUUCCGUGCCCGAGCUACACCCACCCACGCCCACGCUUACACCACCAUGCUUUCCCCUUCCUCGUUGGCCCUUCCUCGACAGGCCCCUCCGGUGAGGCCCUCCCGGUCCCUUGAAGGAUUGGAACAAGUGAUUCCUCCUCGAGUGCCAGUGCCCCCCGCUCGCCCGACACUGCUGCACCUUGAUAAGCCACUCCCCGAGCUGCCUCCCAAGCCGCUGCCUGAAACCCCGUCGAUGGAUGAGGGCUCCACCGCAUGGAGCGAUGACAGCAGCACGGACUCCAGCUUCUGUGACAGCCGACGCUUUUCCGAGGAUUCUACCGAGAGUUACCCUGUUUUUGUCCGCUCCGGUUCGGACGAUCUGACCGAGCUUGUCGAUCAUUCUCCUGCUCCAGGGCCUCAUCAACCUCACCACCUCGCCAUCACCACCACUUUCCUCCAUGAUGACCAUUGUGACCGCCCGCCGCCCUGGACGGCCACCCGGGCUGGUCCCAACCAUUACUUUCGGGAGAAGAAAUGGGACUUUUUCCCCGAGCUGGCCACUCCUUCGGCUCUUCCGCCAUCCCCGCGUUUUGCAACACACCCCCGCAAAAAGACCGGCAGUCGAUUAAACCUCGCCGUCUUCGACUUUUCCAAGGGUCGCAACCGCUGGAACUCGUCCGACGUCCGCAACUCAAUUCGCUCUUACGUCCAACGGCGUUUAUCGAAAAACUCGCUAGAAAGAAACAAGAGCAAUAGAUCUUCACGACCCGCGACAGACUCGCCAGACUAUGCACGCACCCCGACCCCAUCCAGCAAGACCACUGCAUCGAAAGAACCUUCCCCGCCUGGCAGCCCGAGGCUCCUGAGCCCAGUGGAUGUCUCGGCUGCGGGCAAACGCCUGUCACGCAUGUCCACCCGCUCAACCAUGGGUCCCCGCGGGAAGCGCCCGCGGCCCCUGGCGUUCCAGCGGAACAAGCAGCUGGCAGUCCCCAUGUCGCCGUAUCAAAAGUACGGUGCCGCCAUCUGGGAGAAAUCCGGUCGUGAGAAACGAAUUAGUUACCGACAGAGCCACCACGUUCGGUUUCCCCGAUAUAGGAAAGCGAGCUCGUCCAAGAAGGGCUUUGUGUCGUCAGCAACACCACCUCUGACGCCACCAGCCCGGUCUCAACUCCAGCAGAACACCCGGGACUGUGUCAGGGCCCUGCAAGAUGGGACACACCAUCUCCUGGGCGCCCUCGAUGGCGCCAGGAAGAAGAUUACUGGAUCGCGAGGCCAUCGACGGAACUCUGAGCUGAAGUCGCAGAUCCGACUCGUUGGACCAGUUAGUGCGUAUAAUAACAAUUACGGACAGUCUGACCCAUGGAUUUAGAACGGACGGGGUCCACUCUCUACUCAUUUUCUUUCCUGUUCGCUUCUCUUACUUUCAAGAUAUCCCUUCGCUUCUUUGCCAUCUAUUAGCCUUUAGCCCGUCUUGUUCCGGUCGCUCUCUACCUCUCUUCGUGUCUAGUCUUUACACCAUGAUAUCCCGUUGGCAUUUUCAGGUUGCUCGCUCGGCGUUGGGGAUAUAGGAUGGAUAUAUACAUUGAUAAUAGCGUAUUGUAAUACGAUUUCCUAUCUAUCUACC